AUGAAAAAUCAGAAAUUAAGGAAAAUAGUGGCGGUAGGGACAGUGCUCCUUGGCUUCUUUAUUGCAAAGUGCCGAGGAGGCCGGAGCGCUUUUAGCGGGGAGGAAAUCAGCAGUGCUAGCGCAUCUGUAGGCAAAAAAAGAAAAGAGGUUGAAAUAAGCAGCCCCAUAGAUGCGCCCCUCCAUCGAUCUGCCCCCGAGAACAAGAGGCAAAAAAAAGACGGUGCCUUAAAAGAAAAAUCUAGCUCCAUUGGCCAGCAGGAUGCGGUUGAAAUUGUGGUGGAUGGUGGGAGACAGCCAGUGCGGCGAAACCAAGCGGCGAUGAAGAAAAGGAUGAGAGGCAGGAGAAAGGAGCUAGAGCUAAAAAACCUUGAUGUUAAACUAUGGAAUGACAGAAGGCUGGAGAACAAAAGGAGAAAGGGCUACAAACUAACACACAAGUCGAUAUACGCCUGCGACACUUCUGAUGCACACAUAUCAGAAGAGCUAGAAAAGAAAAAUGAUCUGAGCCUGCUUAAACAUGACAUUGAAGAGUUUUCCAGCACAGUUGCCUCACAAAUAGAGAACAAUGCGCUGUGGUACCUCAUUGCAAUUGAGUCCACGAACAUCAACGCUAAGUACAAAGACCUUUGGAAAAUAAGGGACCUGUUUAGACACAGUAAAGAUAGUAAAUACAGGAAAAUAGUGGAAGGCCUCAAGGGAUACUAUCCCGGCGUGUUUGACGAUAUGAUAGAGUAUGUGCAAAAACACCAGCCGAUGAAAGCUAGUAAAAAGAAAGCUUUGAAUGUGUGGAAGGAGACGCUGGGGGACGUCUAUAUGCGGAAAGACGCCGACCCAGACCUCUACAUUCUGAAGGAACAGGAAAGCGCUGCUCAGAUCGGCAGGAAGUACCACGAGAUAGCGCAUGCCACGCGCAUGAUUCUGCUGCUGCCUGAGGUGUGCCAAGACUUCUCCACCAUGCAUGAAAACCACAUAUUUAAAACCCGGACGUCGGCUGACCCGUUUGCAAACAAAAAAAAGAGAAGCAUUCUCAUGUGCAUACGCGACGUGGCUAUAAAAAUAAAAAACAAUGAAGAAAAAAUAGACGAUGUGUAUAUGAAGCUUUAUAACGCCUUUGUGGAGCUGUACAGCGAAGAGAAAGUGUCAGAAAUGGGAGCCGUUACUCUGUACAGAGACAUGUAUGCCCUUCUGGAAAGGUUCUAUGAAGAUGCAGAGGUUUUUGACGACAACGAGUACGUUCUCGCAGGCAAGUGCAUAAUAAAGAGCCAGAAGUACAUGGAGUGCAGAAUAAAGGCAGACAUAUCAAAAGACACGGACAGAGGCAGCCUAGAGGUAGAAUACUCACUUGAAGAGAACAGAUGGAGUGUUUCGCCUGAUGUGUGCAGGCACUACCACGUAUACUGUGUGAAUAAUACAACAUGCCAGCUCAGAAUGCUGUGCAUGCCCAUGUACGUUGAUGAAAGCGGAAAAGAGCACUACCUGCACACAAUCGAUGAGGUAGUGGAGCACAUACGAGUGCUGUAUGAAAUAGAAGAAGACGGUUAUCACAUACACCCCUUUAAAGUAAGAAAAGAGACAAGAGAGUGGUCGUACAUCCAGAAAGAAGAGAGAAAGCAGACGAUCAAGGACCUGGAAGGGUACGAGGUGGUGUUCUACCGCAUUGAAGAAGACUUAGACACAGCGAACUUUACUUUCGCAGAGUUCUGGCCCUUUAGCUCAGACAAAAAGGACAGCAUAUGCAUUCCUCUGUUGAUUACGCCCUUGAUGCAGUCUGCGGUGGAGCUGGGGCCUUUUAUUAUGACAGAAGAGCAUGCAGAGACAAAGCCAAUGGACUUUGAAAACAGAGUGCCCAGUGUGUAUGAGUAUGACGAGAAGAAAUACAAAGACAUGCAGUACUCAGAUGUGCAUAGCUACUACAGCAACUUGCACAUACUGCCAGAGGAAAGAGAAAGCACAGAGUGCUACUUUAUGGAGUGUGCAGCAGCUAGGCAGACCGAUGGCAGAGUUGAGGCUGUGUGGCAUGCAAGAAUGCCAAGCAGUGUGGGUGCAUACACACACUGUGUGCUGGACGGCGCUUUCAGAGAAAAAGAAAACGCAGAAAAGUUUAGUGCCUUUAUUAAAACAGUGAAGUCCAGAGUAUAUUACAAGGACAGCGAGAUGCAGGCCUUCUGGCUGCAUAGAAACAGUGCAGGAGCCAAUGCGCUAGACAGCCAGACAAAGAAAAUAGAUGUGUGGCUCUCGAAUAGACAAUACGACAAAAACAUAAGCAGAAAGUCUCUAAAAGACCUUGCAUCAGAGAUCUCUGCCAAGGAAGAAAAAAUACAGCACGCAGAAGAGAACCAGAGAAGCCUCGGAUCAUUGAAGAAGGAUGAAGACACGCGCGAGGAGAUGCUAAAAAAGAAGUCAGCAGCCUCUUUGAAAAGCGAUAGAAAAAAGAAGCUGGAAAGCCUAUACCAAGAGCUGUAUAUAAAGCUGUCCAAAAAGCCUGAUCUGUCGACAGAGUUUAUAGUGUUCCGCAACGUGAACCACAGCAAGUCCAAUCUGUGCGCCCACAACGAGAUCCUUGACGUAUUGAUCACGCGCUUCAACAAAAAAGCCUUUGUCAAGGAAGAAUAA